AUGGGCCCUCAGUCUUCCGCGACCCAAUCUCAGGAUGAUCACAAAGAGAACCCAUCUUCACCAGAGGUAGCUCAACAGCAGAGAGUGAAAACGACCACCCCGAAGGAAGACGCCCCCCGCCAGCGGCCUCGGAGGUUCCUGGCACAGCCGAUCGAAACCUCCUCUCGAAGUGUCCAAGCCCAGCAUAAUGCUUUGUCAGAUGACAGUCCAUCCCCGCGGCCGGGCAGCCUCCGAAAUGAGGUGAAAAACUCUUCGGAGCAACAGUCCCACAGAGCUGACGAGCCUCCACGGAGGUUUUUACCACAACCCAUUGAAACUAGCAAGGCUAGUAGUCACCAAGGCAUCGCUAGCUCCCGACCGAGACGAUUCAAGCCCGAGCUCCUUGAAACCGACCAUCGCUCAGUCAAGGGGCCACCAGGGAGUUCUUCUCACCGACAUCAUCAUGUCAGCUUUGGUCCAUCCAAGGCCAGCUUCGAACUCCCGGCAGAUAGGCCAGGCCCCACCGCUCGUCAGACCCCGCCUCGCAGCGCGUCAUUUGACGUCCCGGAGUCUCGAUUCUCGUAUGCGAAUCUCCUUCGCCAGCAUGAAACGCGGAGGCACUCCUUUCGAGUCCCGGAUCUCCCUUCGAUCCCUUCGGACGGCAGUGAAAGUUCAGAGACUUCUUGCGAAACACCAUCGCCUUCGUCAUCCCCCAGAAAGUCAUCGGCGAAGCCAGUACAGUCUCGACGGGAGGGUUACUGGAACCGAGAAACCCGCCCGGACGAAUUUUCACCGUAUCUGUUGUCUUUGGCCGCUCGGUCAGCACAGAAAGAACUGAAAGAGCAGGCCCUCGCUGCCUUUCCAAAUGAACAAGUCUACCAGCCGGUUGAUCAUUUCGCGAUCGACGAAGAAGGGGGAGAUUCUGGUGAUGAUGAGUAUCUGAUCUAUCCCCAGCCACACCAUAUCAAGUCUCGUCGGCAGUCCUCGGCAGACCUCUCCUGGGAGCUUGAAUAUAUGCGUCAGCAUAAGGAAGAGGCUGAACAACAACUUCGGGUCAUGGUUGCCUCCAAGCACCUGGACUUCUCGUCUCCUAGUCAUAACGCUGCCUCCCGAAAUCGUGGUCCAAGUCCACCAAUGCUGGGUACUGACCUGGUUCUACCGCAAAGUUUGUCCCCGGAUGGAACUCUUUGCGAAGAUUCGUUGUCCGAGAACAAUGGUCAGGGGCAACAAGACCCUUGUCAUGAUUGCGGUGGUCUUUGGUGCGCGGGAGCCCAGCCCGAUGAGGCGGGCGGAGCAGGUCUUUGGAUGGGCACAUGUCGUAAGGCCGAGGGUUUCGAACGAGGAUCACAAGUAAUGACGGGGAUCCUGACCCCUAUGAUCCAGUGUGAAGAAUUCAACUUUACACCCGGCCCCCCUCUGGAGUCUCAUAUGGACCCGAGACUUUUGAGAGGCCAACUUUCCAAAAGCUCGAGUACUUGCCUUACACCAAGGAAGGCUGAUGCUGAAUUCGAUGAUGGCUUUGUUACUCAGAUUUACAAUUACUUGUCACUGGGCUAUCCAUGCGUUGCCCGGUAUUAUGAUCAUGAGCUUACCAAGAUAUCGGGAAUCUCUCUUGAAGAUCUGCGCCGCGAUGACCUCUGUACCGAUGCUCGGGGCUAUGUCGUAGCGCCACUUGACAAUCUGGCCGUUGGCUGUGUUCGAUGGAAGGCUUUGCGGCUUUAUAUCCACGAGUGGGCCCGACAGCAGCCGAACAUGGUAGAGGAUGAAACAGGCCUUGAAGCUUGGGGGGUCCCUGAACGGAGGGGGAGUUGGGCGAUUUGA